AUGCCGCAAAAAAGGAAAGCUUCUGCACUUGCCUCUGCAAAAAUUGCUGAGGAUGCUGCCGGUGGUAGAAGAAGAAAAUCUGAUCCAAAAAACCCAAUAAAUAAUAACAAUGGAAACGGCAAUAAACGUAGAAGAAAAUCUGAAGAAAAUGAUAAUGCUGAAAAUAAUCAACAAAAUGGAAAUAAUGGUUUAAAGCAACUUGACAUUGACAAUAGUAGUAUGAUGAGUAUGAGUAGUAUUAAGGAUACCCAGGGAAGUGAUCUUGCUAAUAUGGAUUAUGAACUUAGUGCUCAAAAAGAAGAAAAAUCUAAAACCGACGAAAAUCCAGAGGAAAAGGUUUCACAGCAACCCACGACCAAUAAUGAUAAUAAAAUAGAUGAAAAAUCUUAUGAAAAAGUUAUUAAAGAAAAUGAACAAGAACUUGAAAAGAAAAUGUACCCAAAAACUCUCGAAAAAGGUCAUAUUUGCUUUCUUUAUAGACCAAAGGUCAAUGUUGAAGAACCUAAAAGCAUUGAAGAAGUUCGACGAAUGCAUAUUGUUCUUUUGCCACACCUAGUAAGACACUCGUUAGAAGAACAACCUGUCAAAAGUUAUUCUCAUUUGUCAAUCCAAGGUAAACUUGAUGAACACUCAAAUGCUGAAAAACCACAUAUAGGAAAAUCUCGUGUAAUCACUAUUGGAAAGAAAAAAUUACCCGAAAUUGAAAAACAUUCUAAAUUCUGGGGUUAUAUCGAUAAAGCAUUUAAUGACUCGAAUGAACUUAAAGAAUUUGUUUCUGGAAGAACUUAUCAAACUGCUACCAAAGGUCAACAAGCUCUUCAAGAUUGCAGAAUCUUUGGGAGAGGAGUUUAUAACAUAGUAGAGCAUCAUGGGCAUACUCAUUUAGCCUACGUAUUGGAAAUUCCAGAAGAACCAACUGAAAUUCAAAAGGAAUUCAACGUCAACAAAGAGGGAACCUAUGUCAUAAGACUUUCUGGGCACGAAAAAGUAAUUUAUCCUGAUCGUCUUGUGCAAAAAUUCCAAGGAAGGCGAUUUAUUUCUUUGGAAACAACUGAAUUUUUGGAUUAUAAUGGUACCGAAUUAUUAUUUAUUGGUGCAAAGGAAGAUAUUGCUCAAGAUUUGGGCGAGGCAGGAAAAGAACUUGAGGAAUUGGCAGAAUACGAAACGAAAACAAUCGUUCCAUUUGCUGAACGUGUAGUCUUUGAUGAUUUACAUUUUGAAAAGGGUGUUUUGCCAAUUGAACCACUUCAUGGUUUAUGGAAAUAA